AUGACCGACUCGACCCAGCGCCGGUUCCGUGGAUGCGCUGCCAUUGACGACUUUGACAUUGUGCAAAAGCUGGGUGAGGGUACCUUUGGUGUCGUCUCCAAGGCCCGCUCGAAACGCUCCGGUGCCAUCGUCGCUCUCAAAAAGAUCUUGAUACACAACGAAAAGGAUGGCUUUCCCAUCACCGCUUUGCGCGAAAUCAAACUGCUCAAGAUGCUGUCUCAUGCCAACGUCCUGACCCUUCAGGAGAUGGCUGUCGAACGCCACAAAAAAGACGUCAAGAAGCGCGCCACUCUUUACAUGGUCUGUCCAUACAUGGACCACGAUCUCUCAGGAAUGACGACCAACCCCGACAUCUCCUUCACCGAAGCUCAGAUCAAAUGCUAUAUGCUGCAACUCCUCGAAGGCUUGCGCUAUUUGCAUGACAGUCACAUUUUGCACCGCGAUAUGAAGGCUGCAAACAUUCUUAUCAACAACCGUGGUCUACUCCAAAUUGCCGACUUUGGUCUCGCUCGUCACUACGAUGGUCCUGUGCCUCAGCCCGGCCGAGGCAACGGUGAGGCAGUGCGCGACUAUACCACUCUCGUGGUAACACGAUGGUACCGUCCUCCAGAGCUUCUCUUGCAGCUGAGGCGAUACACUCCGGCCAUAGACAUGUGGGGCGCUGGCUGCGUUUUCGCCGAGAUGUUCGAGGGACGACCCAUUCUCGAGGGCAAGUCUGAUCUCAACCAGGCCCAAAUCAUCUUCGAGCUGGUAGGUUCUCCCAACGAGGACAACAUGCCAGGCUGGUCGCAACUUCCUGGUUGUGAUGGCGUCAAGGAAUUUGAACCUCAACGUGGUUCUCUUCGCCAGAGGUUCCGCAACUUGCAUCCAGAAGCUCAGAAUCUGCUCGCAGAAUUGCUGAAGCUGGAUUGGCGCAAACGGAUCAAUGCGUGGGAUGCCCUCCAACAUCCUUACUUCAAGACUCACCCACUUCCUUCCCGACCAGAGGACCUACCACGUUUCGAAGAGUCCCACGAGCUCGACCGCAGAAAGCACCACGAGAAGCGUGCUGCCAUGCCUCCUGCUCCAGCUGGAGGAACUGUCGGCAUGGGCCCUGAUGAGGCUUGGGGUGCAGGCGGUGGUCGUAAUUACGGUCCUCCAAACGGUUAUUCUGGCUAUGACCGCCGAGGUCAGCCUCGGGAUCAAAGAGGCCCUCCUCCGCCAAGAGCUUACGACUCGCGCCCUCCUUCACACGAUACCCCCCCACUAGCAAGAAGACCAGCAUGGCAAAACGGAUCCGACUCACGCAGACCAUUGCCACCGCCGCAUACAAACGGCUCAUCACAUCUACCACCACCUCCUACAGACAAUCGUCUCCCUCCUCGACCUCCGCUGCCUCCACCAGAUGGCCGUCUCCCACCCCGCCCGCCACCCGUGAAUGCAAGGGCCGGUCCGAACAUUGAUACAUACAUUCCAAGCUAUUCUGCUGCACGCCGAGACGACGUUGCACCACCGAAUGGCAGGCGAAACUCUCGUGAUCAUGGAUAUCCUCGAGAUCGCCCUCCACCUAAUGGAAGAGACCGAGAUCGAAGGACUCGUAGCAGGAGUCCGGAUCGUGAGCGUCGCGAGAGGUUGCAAGAUAGAGAGCGCGAGCUAUAUCGCCGCUGA